AUGCCGCACUCGCGCUCCGUAGUCCCGGUCGCGCUGGACAACCGCAUGCAGCACUUCGGCAGACUGUAUGUAAACAACAUCCGCGCAGCCCACAGGCCGCCUCUAGGCACAUCCGAGGCCAUCUACUCAAAUCACUACACCUCGGCUUUCGUCGAGGAGGAUGUGUUCGUCGCCAAGCUGCAUUGGCUCAGGCAUCGCGCCAACGGUCUCUUCCGCCGCAGGCCUGACCCGGAUGACUUCCGAGGCCGGCCACGGUAUCGGGAUUGGGAAUAUUAG